GCAUCAGGUGUGCCUGCUGAUAGAAAGAGGAGAUGAGGAGCGGCAACCAAAUGAAUGACCUCCGGAGCGCUGGACAUGUGAUAAGGGGAAAGCAGGGCUGUGCGGGGUCUAUAACGGUAUGUGUAUGUCAAGAUCAGACAUAAGCUGCUCGACAUUUGCAGAUGUAGCAGGGAUAUCUACUAGUAGGCUAUUAUUCAUCUGGAACUGAAUGCAAAGGAAGAAGACAAUGCCGUUGGACAAGAAACUCCUUUAGUUUCUCUUUGGAUUUACGUAUGAGGGUAAUCCUUGAUUCUGCUGGAACAUGACUGGCAAGAAAGGGAGGCAGUGGAGGUCCAUGUGCAAAGGCCUGAUCCUGGGUACCCUCCUAACCAGCUGCAUGAUCCUGCUUUACUGCCUCUCCACGCCACAGAUCCAUUUCAAUCUGCCCGAGGUUCCAGUGCCUUACUCUUGCGCCCAUCGUCCAUCCCAGCUCCGCCCCAAACCAGCCACAAACAGCACAUCACAAACCACAGGCCAGACCUGCACCCCUAAAGUGGAUAUCAUGUUCAUGAAGACCCACAAAGCAGCCAGCAGCACCUUCCUCAACAUCCUUUUCCGCUUUGGAGAGAAGCACCGGCUUAAAUUUGCCUUCCCUGACAGCAGAAAUGACUUCUUCUAUCCGUCUCUCUUCCAGCGCUCCCAGGUUAAAGACUACAGACCUGGAAUGUGCUUCAAUGUUAUUUGUAAUCACAUGCGCUUCAAUGCGCCUGAGGUGGCCAAGUUGCUACCAAUGGACACCUCCUACAUCACUAUUUUGCGAGACCCAGCAGAGCUCUUUGAGUCAUCCUUCCACUACUUUGGCCGGCUGGUGCCUUUUACCUGGAAGAUACCAGGUGAUGACAAGCUGACUGAGUUUCUACGUGACCCACAUUACUACUUUGACCCAGAGGGCUUCAACUCUUUCUACCUCAAGAAUCUGCUGUUCUUUGACUUUGGACAGGACAACACUCUGGAGCUGGAUGAUCCGCGGGUAGAAGAAGGGAUGAAAUUCAUCAUUGACCGUUUUCAGCUGGUCAUGUUGGUGGAAUACUUUGAGGAAUCACUCAUCCUGCUCAAGGAUGCCCUCUGCUGGGAGAUGGAUGACUUGCUCUUCUUCAAGCUCAACGCCCGCAAGGGAUCCACCGUGUCUAAACUGACCCCUGAACUGAGGGCCAGGGCCCUCAAGUGGAACGCGAUUGACUGGAAGCUAUACCAGCAUUUCAACCAGACUUUUUGGAAGAAAGUAGACGCAUAUGGACGUCGGCGGAUGGCUGAGAAUGUGACAGAGCUCAGGAGAAGGAACGCGGAGAUGGCAUCCAUCUGCAUUGAGGGGGGUCAUGCUGUAGAAGCUGGCAGCAUCCAAGAGACAGCCAUGCAGCCCUGGCAGCCCAUCGGAGAGAAGUCCAUCAUGGGCUAUAACCUGAAGAACAAUGUGGACAAGGCACAUCGGAAGUUGUGCCGUAAGAUGUUGAUGCCAGAGCUUCAGUACUUAACAGAGCUUGGGGUUAAUCUGUGGAUCACCAAGCUGUGGGGCCAUGUACGAGAUAUUAUUAACUGGUGACUAGGAAUGUGAGAAGAGUGGCCAAUUCAACUCUGACAGACUGUAUUAAAAGGAGGAUAAUCUGACUGUGUGGCUGAUGGAGUAAAAUGUUACAGGUGUCUGUCACAUUUCAAAUUGUAUGACUUGUCUCAUUUUGUUAAAAUGUAUCCACACUGACUGACUUUGCAUUUCAAAUGAUUUUGCGCUGUAAUGUAUCUGAUGGGUGCUUGAAAAAAAAUAUUGUAGACCUCACAAUCUACAAAUACUGAACCAGUUCACUGCUCGCAGAUGUGGCCUAGUAUUGUUUUCUCUGUUUGUUCUAGUGGAGUAGAUGAGUAAACAGUGAAGUUCAGUACUAAUUUUAUAAGCCCUUUAAUAGAAUAAAGACAAAAAUGUUGCCAUUCCUGCCAGUUUUUUUAAGGUUGUUUGAAGACAUGGAACGAAUGGUACUUCACUUUGAACUAAAUAUUGUCAAACUUUGUCAAACCCCCAAAAGUUGAAAUAUUUUGGUUCUAACAAAUGGAAACCCCACUAAGGGCUAAAAUACAGGUGUAAAGGUAGCAUAUCAUAAUUUUUUUUAAAAUUGCUGAGCAAAUAGACAGACCUUUCAAAUUAAUGGCAGACAUUUCCACUUGUAGUAACAGGGUCAGAACAGGUGCAACUAAUAACAUUAAUGAUCGCUCAGUUCCAGAGCUUCAGAACUGCUACAACUAAAUCAAAUGUAGCAGUCAUUAUCUGCUUUUCCUGCAGUGACAAGUCAAAAUGUGUGUCAUGGAAAAGGUCUGAUAAAUAAUAUGCAAAGAAAGCAAUUAAUGAGUACACCACUAUGCAAUCAAGAAUAAAAACA